GCAAAAAUAACCGGUAACCCUAAAUGUCUCGCAUCGCAGAUUUCUCAAUUCUCCUCAUCGACGAACACAGUGAAUUCGUGAAGUGAGGAAUAUCGAUCUCGAUCUGUCAAAUGUCAAUGGAACAAUCGAUUAAGCUGAAGUGAGUUGGUCUGCAAGCAACAUCUCGAUCCCUCUCAGUCUCAGGUUCCACUCUCCAACUCGACAUCUAUCUUCGUUCAGAUAAUAGAUGAAGAUGAUCACGAAAGCGGCAACAACAAUCCUAUAUUCCCUACUUAAAGAUGGUGAAAAACGAGCCCUUGAAGAUAUCAUAAGCGAUUUCUCCUCAAAAAUCCCAAAAUCAAUGCAUAAUGAAAUCUUAUCAGCACUUAUCAUGCUCUUGGAUGACACUCACACCCCAAAAUUCCUAAAAUCCACAGAACGUUUGGUUGCAUUUGCAUUACUUCACCACACAUAUUCCCCCCUAAAAUCACCCUCUACCAAUCCCUACCUUUCUUUGCUCACAAACACUGCAAAUGACGAAAAAACCGAUACUUUGGAACGUGCAUUCAUCCUUCAUCUCUUAUCCUCUCCAUCUCCGGUGAUGAAACUAUCUCCAGCGGAUUUCAUUACCAAAUUCGAUCCUUCAUCUCACCGCUUCCCGGAGCCGCCACCACCACCGCCGGAAAACCCCCAUCCGAAACCGUUCAAUUCCCUCCUCAAAAACACCGCGAUAAAAAACGCGAUACCGGAUCCCGACAUCAGCUCGCCGGAGUUGGAGUUCCCGCCGCCAGAUACCAUAACCGGUCUAAUCCAAACUUUAUCAUUGGAAGUGCUCUACCCUCACUGGGCCCGCCCUACACCGCCUCGCCUCCCGGUGCUAGAUGGUGAACUCGUUUGGGUCAACCCUGAGUCGACUCACGAACCGCUUUGGGACACCGGGAUGUGUGCCGACACGAGCCGUGGUGCAGCCGUCCGUGAACUAAUCCUAAAAGCUUUAAAAGGCCCGUUGGCUCCAUCUCAACAGGAACAGGUUUUACUGGAGUUGACCUCUGACCCGAAACUGGUGUACCACUGCGGUCUAACACCACGGAAGCUGCCGGAGCUAGUGGAGAACAACCCUCUGAUUGCGGUGGAGGUGCUGAUUAAGCUGAUGAACUCGCCGGAAAUUUCAGAGUAUUUUACGGUUCUGGUGAAUAUGGAUAUGAGUUUGCAUUCCAUGGAGGUGGUCAACCGGUUGACCACUGCGGUUGAACUGCCGACUGAGUUUGUCCACAUGUACAUAACCAAUUGUAUAUCCUCGUGUGAGAAUAUUAAGGAUAAGUACAUGCAGAACCGAUUGGUGAGGCUCGUGUGUGUUUUCCUGCAGAGUUUGAUCCGCAACAAGAUCAUUAAUGUUCAGGAUUUGUUUAUUGAGGUUCAGGCCUUUUGUAUCGAGUUUUCUAGGAUCCGAGAAGCUGCAGGAGGCUGCACAAAAGAUCCAAGAACUACGGCAACAAAAUGCAGAUAAUGUGUGUCGCAGAAAAAGAAGGUACAUACAAAGACAUCGUGAGGCGGCUAGUCAACGGCUCAUGCAAGAUUACUUUGACGAAAAUGUGACGUUUCAUGGAUAUUACUUUCGUCGACGGUUAUGUAUGCAUGAACCUCUGUUUUUGCGUAUCGUCAACGACGUUCAAACGCUAGAGGUACAGUUGGUUUUACUCCUUUACAAAUAUGCACCACCACACUUCGUCAAUUAGUGUAUGCCACUUCCCCUAAUGCAUUAGAUGAGAAUCAUAAGAUGUCCGGACGUACUGCACAACAAAGCCUUCACAAAUUUUGUAAGAAUGUCAUGAGAUUAUAUGGUUCACAAUAUCUGCGCAAACCUACUUGUAAUGACGUCCAACAGUUGUAUGAUCAUCAUUCAAAUAUGUACGGUACGGCUUCCCUGAAAUGUUAGGAAGCCUAGAUUGCCUCUAUUGGGAAUGAGGCAAUUGUCUGAAUGCCCAUCAAAACGAAUACACCCGAGACGAUCAUGGUUAUCCAACUAUCAUACUUAAAGCGGUGGCCUCACAAGAUUUGUGGAUAUGGUAUACAUUCUUUGGUUCUGUUGGUUCCUUCAAUUGCAUUAAUGUUCUUAACGUGUCUUCGUUAUUCGAUUAACGAUUCAAGUGUGUGGAAUGUCAUAUAGAAAUAAGUAUUAUCUUGUGGACGAGAUCUAUCCGGAACAUGCUUGUUUUGUGAAGUCACUGUCUUUUCUAAAUGAUCGCAAAAGGUAGAAGUUUAAGAGAGCUCAAGAGAAGGUGAGAAAGGAUGUUGAACGACAAGAAAGGAUGUUGAAUGAGCGUUUGGUAUUCUGGGAAAACGUUGACAUAUUCUUAAAUAUCUUACACCUCAUAUGGAGGAGAAGAAAAUAAGUGAGGUGAUGUAUACUUGUAUCAUAUUGCAUAAUAUGAUUCUUGAAGACGAAGGAAAUGCAAUAUGUGAGUAUAACGAAACGAGAUCGUUCCACUGACACAAGUUUUUGAGGUUGGAAGCUAGGAGUACUUUGUGAGGAAGGCAAUAAUUCAUGAUGUUGAGACGUGUCAUGUUCUUCGUAGAGACUUGAUGAAACAUAUUUGGAUUGUCAACCACAUUGAUCUUAAUGUGAAACCGGUCAAUGAUUUAGACAGUCAAUUUUCCGAUGAAGAUGUCCUUUAGGUAUAUUUAUGUUUGGCAGUUUUAAUUUCUAUGUUUUUAUUUUUAAAUUCUAAGUUUUUUUUGGGGGUU